AUGGCAGGCUAUGUUUACCCGAAAUGGUCGCCCUUGUUUACUGACCUCGCUGGCCAGGAUAAGGCUAUUGCCAAGUUAUGCGCUUACAAGCCAUAUGAUGCCAAUGAUUGGAACCGCGUUGUCGGUAACACUGCCGAUAUUCAGUUAUUUUAUCAGGAAAACCUGGAUGAACACAACCGCGAGUUUGCGGGCUUAAGCGCGGCCAGCCUAGAAGAACAAACGGCCACAAGGAUGCCAGCCAACUUAAUUCGGUACUCAGCAUGGCUUUUACAGAAAGCGCACAAGUUUGGGGCUAAUCAGUGGUCUCUCUUUCCCUUCUCAUCGCACCAAGUCGGUAAGAUAUGUUUAUUACCAGAGCCUUGUUCCUCAGAUCCUACCGAGACCAAGAAUUCAAGCAAGACCUGUGGGAAGCAAUUUUUAACAUUGACAAAAUUUGCCCAAAACGGCUGCGCUACUUGCAGGUGGAACCAGUUUGCCAACACCAUAGAGACAGGUGGUGUUAUGACGAGGGUGAAGUUCGUUAAACGGUGGGACCGGAGCCAGCGCUCAGUCAUAACAAGCUGUAAAACGGACAUCAACCUGCAUUUGGAGGAGGAACGAAGCAAACAUGUUUUCCAUAUCACCAAUGGUGAAUACCAAAAGCAAGCAAACAUACAGCCAUGCUAUGACGAAAUCAAGGAAGCGCCACCCUCUGUCUUCACGAUGGAUGCACUUAAGAAUUAUAUCGAGGCUAUCGCUCGUAAUCAUCAGAAGUUGCAUACAUACAUUCAAUUGCGCAUUCCGCCUCCGGGAAAACGUGCCCUGGUUUACUCGCAAAGGCAAAUGGUGCUAGAUAAAAUGACCGACACCUUGCUCGGGGAUCCUGCCGAGCCAAAAAUUCCUUGUCAAUGGGCUUAUGAAAACUUUCGAGAGUCAAAAACGCCCGAAGAAAUGAGCGGAGGCCAGAGGCUCCAAUCAAGAUACGACACGAUGAUGAAAUGGUAUACUCCAGAAUACAUUGUCAUGGAAAAGUUACCAGGAUUUUCGCAAGGUUCUUGCCCGCAAGGCACUCGUAUUUGCGUCGAUGAGUUUCGUACGAACAAGACAAAAGGCGGAGAAGACAAUGUCUUGAUGAUGACGGGAACACUCUCUGUUAUUCGUCAGGAUGCCGUCAGCAAAGGGCAGCAGGAUGAUACUGAUAAAUCAAGUAGGCCCAUCUUGGAAAAACGUCAUUUAUCCGAUUAG